UGGCGAGCGAGGACGGGCGGCGGCGGCGGCCAAUGGCGAGCGCGGAACAGAAUGUCAUGUUCCCAAGCGCUGGGACUGGGGGGGGGAGCGCCGGUCCCAGUUUGGGACGGGCCGCGCUGUACUGGGACAACUGGGAGCGGCCGGGCCGGCCCUGGGGGUCAUCGGUGGGGUCACCCCCUUCCUCAGUUUCCCCGUCCCCACUCAGGGCAGCCUGGCCCCCCCUCAGCCUCUCCGAAGCCCCCACGGAGCCCCCCCACCCCCCCCCCCCGUUAUUUGGGGUCAUUGGGAUCGGUUGCCAGGAGAAGCCACUCUGUUCCCGUGACAGCCUGGCCUUUGUCCUGGCUGUUGGACAACCAGCACUGAGCUGGGAUUGUCGGAGAGCCGGGGGGCACCGGCAGCCCCGCAGCCUCUCCGGGGCUGUUUGCUCCAUGGUUUUCACCAUAUAUGGUCCCUUCCAGCAAAUUCCCGGCUGGGAGGGGCAGAGAGGGCUGGGAAGGGAUCCACAGUGGCUGGAGCGUGGGGACAGAGUGUCCCGGGUGUGCGGUCGGGAGCUGGGGUGGAAAAGGCAUUUCCUCCGGUUGUUUGUGUGCAGGGAACUGUUGGGAACAGCUCCCAGCUGCAAAACGAGGGACUGUGGGACUGGGAUGGCUCCUGGAAAGCCACCCCUUGUCCCACGGCCAGGAUUUCCAGGAUUGGAGGCUCCGGGUUGGUUCCUAAACCACAGCAGCGGGUUGGGGGUGGAGGGAAAGGUCUGUAGGGCCUGGCUGGAGGCAGGGAACACUCAGUUCUGUGGGAUUGCUUGGAUACAGAGGUUUGACACUCGUCUGGAAUCUUCCAGGAGCAACUGGGAAAGCUCCUGGGGCAGAUCCUCACUGAGGAUUCCCCAAAAAUCCCCUUUUUUUGCUGUUUUAUCCCCGGCAGAGGCUUGUGCCCCCCCCGUUUGAGAUUCUCCAGGCACACAGAUCAGGGUCCCCUUUACCCCUCCCCUGAGUGGGGACAAGUCCUCUCAGGGCUUGGGCAGGAAGAUUUUCCCCCUGGAGCCCCACUUUUCCAUCUCCUACUGGAGACCGGGAUGUGGACGCUCCCACUGCCCAGUGCUUCUUUGUCCAGGUGGGAUUUCUUCCCUUCUUUCGUGCCCAGACGGUGUUUUUUGGAGCAGGGAAAGCCCGGGAUAAGGCUCCACAAGAGCUUGGCCAUCCAUAAACAGGGAGGAAUUCAGAUUCGGGGUCUGGAAAGUCCCGUGUUUGUCAUCUGCUCAGGGCAGGAAG